GUGCCGAUCACCAGGCCUUUCAUCCUCCGGCAUUGUUAUAAUCACGACUCUCCCAGUCCGCCAUAAGAUGUGACCUUCGAUGGCUUCCAACACCACCACCCAUGACCACUUUAUGUCGUCUACGAUACGAUUACGACCUCGACCACGACCAAGCAGACCCAAGCGGCCCAAGUAUCGUGCUGCGAGAGCCUUCUACAUCUUCCUCUUCCUCGGAACGUGCUUUGCGACAUACUCGCUCCUCACGCAUGCCUAUCACGAAUACUACUCACCUCCUCGCACUCUGCACACCCGCGCUCUCGAGCAGCCGAUACACAAAUUGGGUGGAGGCGACGAAGAAUGCAGGCUGGUACACAAAGCGCGAGACCAAUGCGCCUACAUACGUGCGCAUUGUCCAGCAGAUGAAGGUGGAUUCACUGCCUAUCUGGAACUAUACUUUUGCAGACUGAAAGAUGCGAAACCAGUCGCCUUCCUCAUCCUGAUAUCAUGGCUAGGCCUACUCUUUUCCACGAUUGGAAUCGCAGCCAGCGAUUUCUUCUGCAUAGAUCUCAGCACGAUUGCUGGCAUCUUGGGCAUGAGCGAGAGCGUGGCAGGAGUCACGUUUCUAGCGUUUGGAAAUGGCAGUCCAGAUGUGUUUUCCACAUUUGCCGCCAUGAGCACUGAUAGUGGUAGUCUCGCCGUGGGCGAGUUGUUCGGCGCCGCAGGCUUCAUUACGGCUGUGGUUGCAGGAUCCAUGGCGCUUAUCAGACCCUUUCAUGUUGCUCGUAAGAGCUUCGUGCGAGACGUGGGCUUCUUUAUCGUCGCUGCAGCGUUCAGCAUGCUCUUUCUUUGGGAUGGAAGGUUGCACUUCUGGGAGUGUGCUGCGAUGGUGCUCUACUACAUCAUUUAUGUCGCAUUUGUCGUUGGUUGGCACUGGUGGCUUGGACGGCGGAAGCGAAGAAGAGCAAAGGAAGUUGCAGCACGAGGUCACUUUGUGCCGGAUGAUGACGAGCUUGACCCGGAGCAAGAAGAAUAUCACGACGAUCCAGAUGAAGCUCCCGAGAGACCAUCUUUCUCGCGUGGCACAUCCCGCGAGGACUGGGCUGCGCUGGAAGGCGGCUCACCGUACGACGAAGGCAAUGAGGAUGAUGAAGAGGAAGCGAGAGACAGGUGGAUGAGCGAACUUGCUAGCAAUAUGAGAUUGACGAGGAACACCCGCGCAAGGAGCAAUACAGUGACACCAGUCAGGCCUUCUCUGGUGGGAGCUCUUGAGUUUCAAGCAGUACUCAAGUCACUUCAGAAGUCACGCAACAUCAAGACGAUACCCAUGAAUUCGCGGAGAUUUUCGGACGAUCCAGCAUACACAACAGCACAGCAGCAAGACCUGUUGUCAUCACCAUCAGAUCCCGCAAGCCGCCCACCAUAUGAGAUAUUGAUAACGGACGAGGAAGUCACGUCACCCAUAGUACAGACUCACAUCCAGCAACCGAACCUUGCAGCUCCACAAUCUGCACCACCAUCGCGGACGCGGGCUGUGUCAGCAAACGAUGCCGCAGCGUUGCGCAUCAACACCAAUUUGCAGAAGCUGAGCCCGGUAACGUCCGAGGACAAUUUGGUCGACUUGAGCACUUCCAAGCACAAAAAGUCUGACAGUCUUGCGGUUCCAUCUGUGGAAAGUCUCCAAGUCCCGAGAUCUCCGCUACUGACUGUGGAGCCUGCGACGCCUCGCCGUGAAGUACCAACACAGCGUCGUCGUGCAAAAACGGAUGCUCGUCCAGGUUCGAUGCUCUUGACACCCGAUGAUGCUAGAGGCAGACCAGGCACAGGAGACUAUUUCUACCCUCAUGCUCCUUCUCGACGUGGCACCGACUCGCCAGUGGACGAUCCUUCACAACCUGCACGUGUGCCAAGCGCUCGAAAUUUGCCCAAGAUCAUGAUUCCAGGCAAGGCUAGGUCACCAGGUUCCUCACGCAGCACUUCGCCCUUUCCUGCAUACCGAGAUUUUCCCUCGCCAUCAGUGACUGGUAGUGACCGGUCUCCGAUUAGCACGCGGCCUCCCAGCAUAUACCUACCUGGGCCACAGCUCUCCAGUUUGGCAUCUCCUGAAUCAAUAGCGGCAGAUGACAGCGCAGAGCAAGAGAGACCGCGCCGACCAGAUUGGCUCGCCAGGAUAUGGCCAUACAGAAUCUUACCACCACCUGGUGUCAUGAUUUCCACAUUGUUUCCUACUAUCUACCAUUGGCACGAGAAGACAUGGUGGGAGAAAUGCCUCGGUAUCGUCGCUGCGCCCAGUGUCUUCUGCUUGACCAUCACCUUACCUGUAGUGGAGAGUGAAAAGGAAUUGAAUGAUUCUGUUUCUGAGCAUCCACAUAAAGAUUUCAGCUGGGAUUCUGCUCGCUCAAAAAGUAUCCCUGCGCUACUCACACCAGCCACUCCAGGAUCUGGAGGGAUCAAAGGCGUCACUCCUGAAUGGAUGGAUGAUCCUGAUACGCCACAUCCUCACAGCAUGGAGACUGCAGGCGUCACUGGCAUGGGCAACUCGGCCAGUAUUGCAGUAGGCGCAGAAGAGCAUUACCGCACCAACGAUGGCAUGCAUGUGCCCCGUCUCACCAGUGAGCCGCAGGCCAUGGAUCAGUCGCUCCUUGACGAGGUGCAAGAAGCUCCACCUGAGCCAUGGAAUCGCUGGCUGACACUCAUCCAGCUCUUCACAGCGCCAAUCUUCAUUGUGCUCUCGAUAUACCUUCAGGCUCCGGACGGGCUCCCCAUGUCUUGGCUGGUCCGGGCUAUCUUCAUCUGUCUACCGAUAUCAAUCGGUUUACUCGUCCUGAUGCUGCUCACAACUACACCGACGCGCCGACCAGAACCUUACCGUAUCAUUCUUUCUCUCGCGGGCUUCGUUGUCGCCAUUGCUUGGAUCUCGGCGAUAGCGUCCCAGGUGGUCGGCGCUCUGAAAGCACUGGCAGUCAUUCUCAAUAUGUCACACGCGAUCAUGGGCCUGACCAUCUUUGCAGUCGGCAAUUCUCUGGGUGAUCUCGUUGCUGAUGUGACUGUCGCUAAGCUCGGUUACCCGGUCAUGGCACUUUCAGCUUGCUUCGGAGGCCCAAUGCUGAACAUCUUACUGGGAGUGGGCUUGAGCGGUUCUUACAUUCUGAUCAAAGGAGCGGAGAGACGACAUGAAAAACACCCUACCAAAGGAAUCAAGUUUCAUUCUUACCACAUGGAUGUCAGCAAGACGCUGAUUGUGAGUGGGAUCACACUCCUGAUCACUCUACUUGGACUGCUGAUUGCUGUGCCCAUGAACAAUUGGGUUCUUAGCAGGAAGAUUGGCUGGGCGUUAAUCGCAUUGUGGACUCUGAGUACUAUCUUUAACGUGGUCAUUGAGGUAACCGGCAUCUUGGGUGACGCAGAGAGUUUGUUUCAUAUUGGGCAGAAGUGCAUGGGGAUCGCGUGUUGAUUUUGCGAUCAUGAUACCACUUGAGCGGGCAUUCGUGUUCUUCGUGCGAACAUGUACAUAAAUCGCGUCGCGUACAUACAAUCGGGUAUUAUAGUGAUGAUUGAUGAUCCCA